AUGUACCAUGAUUAUGUGCAAGUGAAUGCCUCAAGUGUAGAUGGAUUUGAAGAACGGGUCACGUAUCAUACUGAUACCGACCGUUUCGCACACGUUAUGUGCUGCUCAUCCAACUAUGCAUUGCUAUACUCGGCGGCAGCCAGAACGCUUACGCUCCCAGUUAGAACUACGGGGGAUUGCGCGACGGAGUUAUGGCUCCAGCUGAAGUUAAUAGGUGACUUAUUUAUUCCUGUGACCAUCUUUUGGAUGGGUGUUGAAAGAUUUAUUGCCAUUUCUUUCCCGCUUUUUUAUCGACUGAAUGUAGACAGGAAACCGUUGAAAUGUGUAUUCAUACCACUGCUUAGCAGCAUGUUCGUUGCCAUAUCCGUCACAUAUGCCUUUUUCACAGCCAUUCACUACAAUCAUCUAACCCAAUACCACUGUGGGCGCAAAGCCACCUUUGGCGAAGGAUUUUCUACUUUUCUUUAUGUAUCGAAUAUUUUCUGCAAUGUUUUGUCCACUGUGUUAAACGGAGCUGCUUAUAUCAAGGCGAAGGGGAUGACGAAAAAUGUUCCUCGUGCCCAGCGUCAAGUGGCUAUCAUUAGGUACUACUUACUGAUUUCUGUGUUAUCUACAGUAUUAGUAACGCUGCCAAAUACGAUCGCUCUCUUCCAAGUGUAUGUGAAAUCGGUCAGCGAUGCGAUCUCAAAACCAUCAGUGUGGAUGCAAACGGUGAAUUCGGGCAUUCACCUUUUUGUUUACUUGGCUUUGAAUCGAGAUUUUCGAAAACGAGCCAUUUAUCUUGCGCAUUGCGGAACUAAAGAGAAAGAAUUUUCUAAUCACUAUCCAGAUUCAGUGGUUGCUGAUGGCGCAGAUAAAACUUUGAUCAAAGAGGGAAAGCAGCCGCAGGAGCUUAUACAUCAUUAG